GGCCGCGGCCCACAGAGCCGUCCCCUCCCGCCCUCGCCCCGGCCAUCCUCUCGCCGGUGUCCCCAGCCCGCGUUCGCCCCGGGUCCCAGCCAUGACGCUGAGCGAACCCAUCCUGCCGUCCUUCUCCACCUUCGCCAGUCCGUGCCGCGAGCGCGGCCUCCAGGAGCGCUGGCAGCGCACCGAACCCGAGGCCGGCGGUGCCGACGACGACCUCAACAGCGUGCUGGACUUCAUCCUGUCCAUGGGGCUGGACGGCCUGGGCGCUGAGGCCGCCCCGGAGCCGCCGCCGCCGCCGCCGCCGCCCGCGUUCUACUACCCCGAACCCGGCGCGCCACCGCCCUACGGCGCCCCCACGGGCGGCCUUGUGUCCGAGCUGCUGCGGCCGGAGCUGGACGCGCCCUCGGGCCCCGCGCUGCACGGCCGCUUCCUACUUGCGCCGCCCGGACGGCUGGUCAAGUCCGAGCCCCCCGAGGUGGACGGCGGCGGUGGCUACGGCUGCGCGCCCGGCCUGACCCGCGGGCCGAGGGGCCUCAAGCGCGAGGGCGCCCCGGGCCCGGCAGCCGCGUGCAUGCGAGGCCCCGGAGGCCGACCCCCACCGCCACCCGACACGCCGCCGCUCAGCCCCGAUGGCCCCGCGCGCCUGCAGGCACCUGGCCCGCGCGCCGCCUUCCCGCCACCUUUUGGGGGCCCCGGCUUUGGCGCGCCAGGUCCGGGGCUGCACUAUGGGCCACCUGCGCCCGCCGCCUUCGGGCUCUUCGACGACGCGGCCGCCGCCGCAGCCGCCCUGGGCCUGGCACCACCCGCCGCUCGUGGUCUGCUCACACCCCCCGCGUCCCCGCUGGAGCUGCUGGAGGCCAAGCCCAAGCGCGGUCGCCGCUCCUGGCCGCGCAAGCGCACAGCCACCCACACCUGCAGCUACGCGGGCUGCGGCAAGACGUACACCAAGAGCUCGCAUCUCAAGGCGCACCUGCGCACGCACACAGGUGAGAAGCCCUACCACUGCAACUGGGACGGCUGUGGCUGGAAGUUCGCGCGCUCAGACGAGCUCACGCGCCACUACCGCAAGCACACGGGCCACCGGCCCUUCCAGUGCCACCUGUGCGACCGCGCCUUCUCGCGCUCCGACCACCUGGCGCUGCACAUGAAGCGACACAUGUAGCCGGGCUACCCGGCCUACCCGUGCUCGGCCGUGGCGGGUCCCACGGGCCGGGUAUGGCCCCCACAAACUGUGACUGGUAUUUAUUGGACCCUGAGGACCGGGCUGGGCAGUGUGGCCACGGAGGGGCUUCAGUCGCUGCCCCAUGACAAUGACAACGCCACCACCCCGGCUCCUAUCCGUGACUAAAGACCCGGUGGGAGAAGGCACAAUCCUCUUUCCUCCGACGAGUUUUGUUUUUUCAAAAUGGUGCAAUAAUUAAGUGUCGUCUUCCCGCCCCCGGGUCCACACUAGAGGAUCGAGGCUUGACGCCUUGUGAGAAGUAACAGCCCUCAUUUGUACUGUCUGAUAUUUUUUAUAAUAUUGUACAUAGUGACUGUGACAGAUAUUGUAUUACUGUAAAUAAGGGAGACAGGCAGGCAUUUGGGCUGCCUGGCAGUUUUUAUAAGACUUUUGCUGUUUUUUUUUUUUUUUUUUAAUUAAAAAGAAAAGUUUUGCAUCUUU